GAUGGAACAAGGUGAUCAAGAACUCAAAAGAAGAGUUGCUUUUGUCCUGAUCGAUGGUUUGGGAGACGUAUCAAUACCUAGAUUAGGCUACAAAACUCCUCUACAAGCAGCAAACAUACCUAGCCUCGACGCAAUCGCAUCAGCUGGUAUCAACGGUCUAAUGGACUCACCUCUCUCUGAUGGGUUAUGACCCUAAGAUGCUAUGGCAAGUUGAAAUGACUACAAAUUAUCGGUAUUUUUUGUGUGUGAUUGGUGAUCAUUCAACUCCUGUUGAGUAUGGAGACCAUAGCUUUGAGCCUGUCCCGUUUACAAUGUGUCGGUUGAGAGAUUUUGUGUCUGCGGUUGGAGGAGAAGCAGCCUUGUUAGAGACUUCUUUGGAUCCUUUUCCACUUCCAACGGUUGUGGAAUGUGGUGAAGAUGUGGCUGGAGAUGAGGGAGACGGUGGGAGGAGGGAGACUGUGCAAGCGAUUGGUGGAGAUUCAGUUGUGGAGUUGAAUGAGAUUGCAGCUGCAAGAGGAUGUCUUGGACUGUUCCAUGGUGGUGAAAUGAUGGGAGUCAUCACCAAGUUCCUUAAGGUAGAUGUAUGA